GGCGUCCUAUCCCUGUACCCCAUUGCCGUCCCUGUCUCCGUUCCUGUCCCCCAUCCCCAACCCCUUGCCCGUUCUUGUCCUCGUCCCCAUCUCUGUCUCCUUCCCCAUACCCCAUCCCUAUUUCCAUCCUUGUUCUCCAUCCCUGUCCUUGACCAUGACCCACAUCUCCCCUCUGCUCCAUAAAUGAGCAGUUGCCUUCUCAAGCUCAUCGUUGGUUUGGGACCACUGCGCCUGUACCACCACUCCAGUGGCUCUUGCACACCCGUCUCAGAAAGGAAACAAGGUGACCUCGUUCCUCUGCUGCCCAGCCAGAGAGGGCAAUGACAACGCUAACGCACCGAGGACGGCGUGCUGAGGCGGGAAGGAGCUUGAACAAGAAGCCAAGCAGUGAGGAAGAUGCAGACAGACGCCUGAAUGACGAUGAUCCUGAUGACUCCAAAGAUGUCCGCCUCACACUCAUGGAGGAGGUGCUGCUUCUGGGGCUGAAGGACAAGGAGGGCUACACCUCCUUCUGGAAUGACUGCAUCUCCUCAGGCCUGCGGGGUGGCAUCCUCAUUGAGCUGGCUCUGCGUGGCCGCAUCCGCCUGGAGCCGCUCUCCAUCAGGAAGAAGAGGCUGCUGGAGAGGAAGGUGAAGGUGGUCUUGACGUCGGACGUGCCAACUGGUGACGUCUUGCUGGAUGAGACCCUUCGACACAUCAAGGCUACGGAGUCUUCUGAAACGGUGCAGACCUGGAUCGAGCUGCUCACCGGAGAAACCUGGAACCCCUUCAAGCUGCAGUACCAGCUGAGGAACGUGCGGGAGCGCAUCGCCAAGGCGCUGGUGGAGAAGGGCAUCCUCACCACGGAGAAGCAGAACUUCCUGCUCUUCGACAUGACCACCCACCCCAUCAGCAACACCACUGAGAAGCAGCGCUUGGUGAAGAAGCUCCAGGAGAGCAUGCUGGAGCGGUGGGUGAAUGACCCCCACCGUAUGGACCGCAGGACGCUGGCUCUCCUGGUGCUGGCGCACUCCUCGGACGUGCUGGAGAAUGUUUUUGCCAGCCUGGCAGACGACAAGUACGAUGUGGCCAUGAACAGGACCAAGGACCUCCUCGAUAUGGACCCUGAAGUGGAAGCCACCAAAGCCAGGGGUGCAGAGAUGAUCUGGGCUGUCCUGGCAGCCUUCAAUAAGUCCUAAAAAGCCCCUGAACCCCCCAACAAACCAGGUGGGGGACCUGCGAUAUUUGGGUGGGGAGUCCCUGCAGCAGCGCGUGGGCUCAGCUCAAAGGACUCGGAGGGUUUCGCUCUGCCCCAGGUGGCAUUGGGGGAUCCGAGCCCACCACGAGGGCAGGUUUUCCACUCCUCCAAAGGUGGGUGUCUCUGCGGAGGGAUGCCAGCGGCUCUUGGCUCCCCUCCCAGCACUCCUUGCUUGUCUGUCCGGCUGCCCCCGGCUCCGUUCACGAGGCAGUGCGGAUUCCCCUGUGGAGCAACUGCCAGUGGUGGGGAGCGGGCUAGGGGCUGGCUUGGAGGUGUCCAGUGGCUGGGAGCACCCAGGAUUGCAGCGGGCAGAGGGCUGGUUUGCGGGUGCCCAGUAACUGAAGAGACCCCAACCAUGGCUGGUGGUGGGGAGCAGGCAGGGGGCUGGUUUUGGGGUGUCUGGUAGCUGGGAGCACCUGGUGGUGGGGACUGGGCAGGAGGCUGGUUUUAGGGGUGUCUGGGAGCACCUGGUGGUGGGGACUGGGCAGGAGGCUGGUUUUGGGGUGUCUGGGAGCACCUGGUGGUGGGGACUGGGCAGGAGGCUGGUUUUGGGGUGUCUGGGAGCACCUGGUAGUGGGGACUGGGCAAGAGGCUGGUUUCGGGGUGUCUGGGAGUGCCUGGUAGUAGGGACUGGGCAGGAGGCUGGUUUUAGGGGUGUCUGGGAGCACCUGGUGGUGCGGACUGGGCAAGAGGCUGGUUUUGGGGUGUCUGGGAGCACCUGGUGGUGCGGACUGGGCAGGAGGCUGAUUUCGGGGUGCCUGGGAGCACCUGGUAGUAGGGACUGGGCAGGGGCUGUUUUGGGGGUGUCUAGUGGCUGGGAGCGCCCAGGUUUGGAGCAGGCAGAGGUCUGGUUUGGGGGUGUCUGGGAGCACGUGGUGGUGGGGACUGGGCAGGAGGCUGGUUUGGGGGUGCCUGGGAGCACCCAGAGGUGGGAUACAGGCAGGGGCUGGUUUGGGGGUGUCUGGUGUCCGGGACAGCCCAAAGCCCUCAGCACAUGCGGAGCCACUCUGUGAAGAUGGGGGGCCCUGCCUGCCCCUGCACUCCCUCUCUCUCACUGCUAAAAGGCCAAAUUAAUCAUAGAUUUUUAUUUCCA